GAUCGGUUCUUCCGGCAGCGCGGCCAGCGGCCCUUCGAGUGGUACGGGGCCUUCCCGGAGCUCUGCCCCGUCCUGCACAAGUACGUCCGGCCCCGCGACAAGGUUCUGGUGGUGGGCUGCGGGAGCUCAGAGCUGAGCGAGCAGAUGUAUGACAUGGGGAUGUGCGAGGACAUCGUGAACAUCGAUGUCAGCGACGCCGUGAUCCGUCAGAUGCAAGAGCGGAGCAGGAGCAAGAGGCCAAAGAUGAGCUAUCUGCUGAUGGACAUGCUUCAGAUGGAAUUCCCUGACGCCCACUUCCAGGUGGUUCUGGACAAAGGCACAUUGGACGCCAUCCUCACUGAUGAAGAGGAAGGCACUCUAGCCAAGGUGGACAAGAUGUUUGCCGAGAUCAGCCGGGUCCUGCAGGUAGGAGGGCGCUACCUCUGCGUCUCUUUGGCUCAAGCCCAUGUGCUGAAGAAAGCAGUGAAAUACUUCUCCCACGAAGGCUGGGUUGUGCGUGUCCAUCAGGUGGCUGGCAGCAGGGACAACCAGCAGUUUGUCCUACCUGUCUUUGUCUAUGUCAUGACAAAGUUCAGGAAGAUCCCCGGCUCAGCACCACAGAUUCUGGAGAUCUGCCCUGAGGAGCAGGACAAGCCAAUGCGGGUGGAGAGCGCGGAGCAGCUGGUGGCAGCAGUGAAGGACAGGCAGUAUUACGCCCUGCUCUGCAGCCAGCUGAGCAAAACCCCCUGCGGGGAGCAGGUUUCCCUGGAUCUGUGCAACAAAGAGAGCGGGAGGCCUCGCUACACACUGCAUGUGGUUGACAGCCCCUCAAUGAAACCUUCCCGGGACAAUCACUUUGCUAUCUUCAUCAUCCCACAGGGCAGAGAAACCGAGUGGCUCUUUGGGACGGAGGAAGGGCGGAGGCAGCUGGCCACAAGCGCGGGCUUCGGGCGCCUGGUCACUGUGGCCCUGCACAGGGAGCAGCACUAUGAGGGAAUGGCUGGCAUCCAGGCGGAGCUGUCGGGGAAGGUCAUGGAGCUGGCCCCGCCGGGCCUCCCUGCCCGGCAGCAGGUGCCCUUCCUCUCUGUGGGAGGGGACAUCGGGGUGCGGACGGUGCGGCACUGCGACACCAGCCCCCUGAGCGGGGAGUACGUCGUGGAGGACGUGAAGGGGGACGGCACCUGCUACUUCCGCCGCCUCGUCUUCCUCCGCAACAGGAAUGUGGUGCAGUCAGAGGCUCGGCUCCUGGCCCCCACGCCUCUCCCAGGCCAGAAGAAACGGAGGAAAGACAAGAGGAAACCCACCCCUGCUGAGCCAUCUGCAGACAUUGACAAGAGCUACCUGUGCUGUGAGCACCACAAGGCCAUGGUCGCCGGGCUCUGCCUGCUGGGGGGUUCUGACCCCCUCCCAGGUGACAAUGCUGGCAGUGGGAGGCUGUGCGGGGGCCUGCCGCUCUUCGUCCACGACUACUUCUUGCAGGCCCAUGUGGCUGUGGUGGAGAUCGACCCCUCCAUGUUGGAGGUGGCCACACGCUGGUUCGGCUUCUCCCAGGGCGACCGGAUGCGGGUGCAUGUCUCUGAUGGCCUGGACUAUGUGGCCAAGCUGGCAGCUGAAGCCCAAGCCCAGUACGAUGCCAUCAUGUUCGAUGUGGACAGCAAAGACCUCACGGUGGGGAUGAGCUGCCCACCCCCAGCCUUUGUGGAAAAGCCCUUUCUGCAGAAGGUUAAAACCAUCCUCAAGCCAGAAGGAGUCUUCGUGCUCAACUUGGUGUGCCGCGAUGCCCAGCUGAAGGAGUCUGUCCUGGCCACCCUCAGGGAGGUCUUCCCCCUGCUCUACACACGCCACAUUGAAGGGGAGGUCAAUGAGAUCCUGUUCUGCCAGCCCAGCCCCGAGGGCCGGCGGGACCCCAGAGAGCUGGGGGCACGUGCCCGCACACUGGAGAGGGCCCUGCGGCAGCCUGGGCGCCCCUGGGACAGCUCAUACGUGCUGGCGGACAUGCUGCAGGCUGUCAAGAUCCUCUGA